GAUAUUAACAAUAAUAACAAAAAAAGCAGAGCUACUGUAUUUUUCUAGUUCGAAGUUUGAAGCAGAAACAGAACGCUACAUUACAUUACUAUUCCUUCUGAUUUCACACACACACGACUAUCAAGAAUCAACCAUGGCAUCUCUAACUCCCGGCGUACUCGCAAAGCUUCUACAAAACGCCGGAAACAGAGUAACAAACGAACACCGUCAACCACUUCUUCAAGUAACAGAAAUCAUUCCUCGUCUCCUUUCCGAAGACACGUGGCAACCCAACACUGGCUACUUUCUCAAACUCUCUGACUCUCUCCAUUCCGCUUACGUCUCCGUCUCCGAUUCCGACUCCGAGUUAAUCCGUUCAAACAAACUUCAACUCGGUCAGUUCGUUUACGUAACUCGCUUUGACUCCGACGAUUCUUCUUCUGUUCCACUUGUUUCUGGUUUGAACCCUCUUCCUAAAAGAAGAGCAUGUGUUGUUGGUAACCCUAUUGAUUUGGUUUCUACUGAUUGUUUACAUGUUCAUACUCCUUCAAAACCAAACAACAAUGUUAAGAUUAACAAGAACAAGAACAAGAAGAAAGAGAAUAAUGGGUCACAUUCUAAUGUGAACAAGAACAAUGACAAGGACAAGAACAAGAACAUGAAUGUGAACAACAACAAUGUUGUUGUUGAAAUGAGGAGGUUCAGUUUGGAUUCUGCUACAAGAAGGGUUUGGGAUCAUCGUUCUGUUGUUUCUAAAACUAAACCUUCUUCACCAUCUUCAACUUCUAGAUUCAACUUCAAUAAAUCUACCCCUACUUCACCCAAUGUCAUAGACAGGAAGGUUUCUUUGAAAACUAAUUCUCCUUCUCCAUUGAAGUCUCCAACAACUUCAAUUAUCUCACCAUUGAAGAACAAAGAUGAGAACUUGUGUCCCAAAAUGACAGGCACACCUCCUAGGAAAAGUACUAUUAUUACUCCUAAGUCACCAUGUGUUGGCAAUGACACUGUUCCAAGCAAACUUGUUAAGGUACCAAUACCAUUGAAUUUCAAAACAUGGUAUGACAAGUCUGGAUCUUGGGAUAAUCUUCCACCACCCAUUUGUAAUCUGGGGAAGCAAGUUGUAACUCAUAGGAAUGUUGCUUUUUUGGCUGCUGUGAGAUCUCUUGAAGAAGCAUCUGCUGCAGAUACUGUGCUUCAAUGCAUGUGCUUGUUUUCCGAACUCUGCGAGUCUCGCCAGACACUUCCAGCUGGAUUACUUGUGAAGCAGUUUCUGGAACUUCAUCUGAGUUUGCAGAGAGUAACAAUGGUAUUUGAUUCCUUACUUUCCGCACUUCCUGAAACAAAGCCAAGCAGCCACACUACUAUACAGUCUCUAGUGGAAGACACAUGCAAAGUUCCAACUCGCAAGAAUGCUACAUUUUGGGUUCAAGCUGCCUUAGAUACCGAUCUUUCUAAAUUCAAUCUAUACAAAACACAAGAAAAAAGCGAGGCUUUGAAUGGUGAGAGGUGUCAUUAUGUUGUCAUCGAGAAUUCUCACAAGGAAAUGAAUACCGAAGAAUCCACUGUUCCAAACAAACAAAGUCGCGUAACACAAGCACAUCCCUUACAAAAUUCAACUGGUAAAAAAAUUUCUUCUUCGAAGCGGAAUCUCUUGGUAGCCAAGAGUAAGGAUGCAGAGAAGCAGGAUCAAUCAAAAGAAAGUGAACAAAAAGCGGCUGCAAAUCUGGCAGAAAAACUGCUCGUGGCUUCACGUGAAUGGUUCCUGAAAUACUUGGAGGAAUCUAUAAGUAACGAAUUUGGUUUGAAAAAUGAAGAGAACAGUGAAGUUGCAUGUCUUCUUGGUCAGCUCAGAAAGGUGAAUCAUUGGUUAGAUAAUUUGGUUGAUGUAGGUAAAGUUGAUCAUAGGGUAGAGAAGUUGAGGAAAAGUUUGUACCGGUUUCUACUUGAGCAUGUUAAUUCUGCAGUUGCGUCUAGUUAGUGAAUAUAGUGCUACAAGAACUAACAGUAUGGAAAAAAAUGGAGCAUACUAUUCUGAACUGACUCUGCUUUGGAUAGCUAACAAUAUCUGAAUUUUGAACAGCUCCUGUUGGUUUUGUUUGGUAUAACCGACCACUUAGGAGUAAAUAUCACACCUUUUGUCAAUAAUCUAACUUUGUCAAUCAAUGAAGUUAUGCUCAAUAUUAGGCAAUUUUAACCUGUAUUCUGU